AUGACACCUGUCAUAAAAAAGGUUGCUGCAGAUCAAAAAGUAGAAUCCAUUGUUGAUUUGGGUGCAGGACAAGGCUAUCUUUCACGCUCCAUUGCUUUUCAAUCCAAUCUUAAGGUACUUGCUGUUGAUUCUUCAGAAAUUCAGACGUGUGGAGCCAAAAAGUUCGAUGAAAGGGCUAUCAAAUACUUGAGUAGCGAUGAUUUGAGAUUGCACCAUGUCACUGAUUUCAUUACACCUGAUAAUGCAUCUACCAUUUUGUCUAAAUGGAGCGACCAUCCAAAAGAUGAAAAAUGGCUGCUUUGUGGGCUGCAUACAUGUGGUGAUUUAGCAAGUAUGAUGAUGCGAUUAUUUGUAACAAGUUCAGAAAUCACUUGUUUUGUCAAUGUGGGCUGCUGCUAUCAUUUCUUAACAGAAAAGGAGCAAGAGGCACAAGGCCAAGAAAGUGUUGGGUUUCCUUUAAGUCAGCUUAUUUGUGAUUCAGGUUUUUAUUUCGGUCCUACACCUAAAAUGCUUUCUUGCCAAGCACCAGCAAGAUGGGAAGAUCAACUCGAAGAAACCCUGACAGCCUAUGAACAUCAUUUCUUUAGAGCUUUGUUACAGGCAAUUAUGGUUGAAAAAGGCAUGACUGAUGUCACCAUAGCACCUGUCAUUGGUCGACUCAACAAGAAGAGAGAUUUUGUAUCAUUUCCUGUUUAUGUUCAAGUGGCUUCCAAGAGAUUGGGUUUGCCGGAGAACAGCAUUACGCCUCAAGAAGCAGAGGAUUAUUACCAAAAAUAUAAAGCAAAAGGUGUGGAUAAACAAAUUGCGAUCUUAUGGACAUUACGUGUCUUGUUGGGACCUAUCUUGGAAAGUUUGAUCUUGAUAGAUCGUUGGCUCUAUUUAAACGAUCUUAUUCCUGAUAGCCCAACCAAAAAUAUUUGGAUGUGGCCUCUUUUUGAUCCCAUCACUUCACCUAGAAAUAUGGUCAUUGCUGCUACAAAAUAA